AUGUGGAUCCGGAGGGAGGAAUUUGAAAAGGAGGACUCUGCUCAGGAAGGUGUUAUCACUCGGGACAUCCACCGCACCUUCCCCGCACACGACUACUUUAAGGACUCUGACGGAGAUGGGCAGGAUUCACUCUACAAGAUCUGCAAGGCCUACUCCGUCUAUGAUGAGGAAAUUGGUUAUUGCCAGGGUCAGUCGUUCCUCGCUGCUGUUCUCCUGCUGCAUAUGCCAGAGGAACAGGCCUUCUGUGUUUUGGUAAAGAUCAUGUAUGAGUAUGGCCUCAGAGCUCUCUACAAAAACAACUUUGAGGAUCUUCACUGUAAGUUUUACCAGCUGGAGAGGCUGAUGCAGGAGCAGCUUCCAGACUUGUGGUCCCACUUCCAGGAGCUGAACCUGGAGGCACACAUGUACGCCUCCCAGUGGUUCCUCACACUCUUCACUGCCAAGUUCCCCCUGUGCAUGGUUUUCCACAUCACUGACCUGCUGCUCUGUGAGGGAUUGAACAUCAUUUUCAACGUAGCCCUGGCCCUGCUCAAGACGUCUAAAGAGGACCUCUUGCAGGCAGACUUUGAAGGGGCUCUUAAGUUCUUCAGAGUCCAGCUCCCCAAACGCUACCGAGCUGCGGAGAACGCCCGCAGGCUUAUGGAGCAGGCCUGCAACAUCAAG